AUGCGUUCUUGGUUAACAUUAAACUUAAGAAACUUAACAUCAACGGGAAGCCAGCAGGAGUCUCAGUGUCCAGUGGCAAUAACUCAAGAAAGAGACAAUGGAAAUUCUACGAAUAGACAGCGACCAACAAUGAAGUAUCCGAAUGUUUACCGAGUCGAGUACUCAUCAUUCUCUUGCAAUGUGGAAGAACGAGACGCAGCAUGGACCAGCAAUGCUCAAAUUAAAGUGCAUUUUGAAGCGCUUAAUUGGGCUGUAAUUCCUAUUUUUCGCGAUGGCAAUUGUUUGUUUCGUGCUAUUAGUGAUCAACUUUACAAUAACGAGCUCUUUCAUCAAGACAUUCGAAGGAGGUCAAUGGAUGUUAUAGAUAGCAAUCGAAAAGAAUUUCAAUCUUUUAUUGAAAAUGAGCAAAUUGGUGCCUACUCUGCUCGUAUGCGCCAAGACGGGAAGCCGGGUGGCCAUGUGGAACUAUACGCAAUAGCACGGCUCUUCAAUAUUCACAUUGUGGUGCAUACAGGUCCUGCACGAAAGCUUCGAGUAACAAACAACAAUUUAAAAGGAAGUGUGAAUUCACCGUAUCGAACACUACAUCUCCUGUACAAGGAUAGACACUACAACAGUCUCAUCCAACGAAAACAAUUGGUUCCUAGAAUGACUAGCAUUUCUGCCAACAAAGUUGUUGGAGUUCAAGAGAGUAAAAUUGUACGCAUACAAGACUUGACGAGACACUCGCAAAGAUCUAAUCCAUUCGAACAAUCAGUCCGGGAACAACAAUCUGUUAACGAAUUAAUUGUUUUGUACGAUGAAACCAAUCUUGCAGAAUGUGGUGUGCAGCUCCCAAAACAAGUUAUGUUUGAUAAAGGCAAGCGUCGUGGAGGUGGCACCACGCUAUUUUCACUCGUUCAUAACCCGUCGUCUCGAAAGUCGUCGACGUCGUCUACUGUUUCGACUGCACCGUCAGCCAGUGAAAUGGAAGAUCAAGCAAAUGAGUCCGACUCAAAUGUUUCGAUAUUGAGACGACACGAAUCAAUGGCACCGACACAUUGUGCUGUCCCGGUAGAGUUUCCAAGGAAGACUAUAUUUUCCAAAGGUCGGGCCACAGCUGCUUGA